UUCAAUUGGGCCUGACAACCUCUUCACUUUAAAUUAUCCUUUCAACUCGAGUUGUUUUUACUUGUGUUUUUCAAGAUGGACGUCGACAUAUAAACCAUCCGUCUUCUCGUUCUUUCUUGAUCGCAACGCUUUCCAUUUUCCCGCAAUUAAGCGUUUCAGUUUUGUGUGUAUUUUUCAGCUAUCUUGCCUCUUCAACCCUCACCUAUCCAGGUGAAAUCAUCCGUCUUACAACAUCGUCAACGAGCAUCUCACAUCAUUAUUACGACCCAUCAUGGCGCCCAACCUGUUCCUCUGCCUCCGAACUGUCUUCUGCCCCACGUACUGGUUUCAACGUGGAGAGCGCAUCCAAGGGUCUAUCCAUAAGGAAGAACACUGGGAAUCUCCUGUCCCAGGCAUCUACAAAUACAUCCCAGGUCGUGGAUGGCACCUAGUUUACAAAGAUGGUAAUGAGUACGACGAAAAAGUUCCUGUCCCAGUCGUUUACUGCCGCAUCCUCCACCGAUACAUGUUCGAGUAUGAACUGGAGGACAGAUGCCGCUGGCAUUCAGUGACCGUCCAUGAAGGUGCUAAGCCGGAAAGAUAUCUCUUCUUCCGUCUUGAUGAUGGAGACACCUGGGUUGCCGGAUGGGAUGCCAAGGGAAAAUUCAUUCCGGGACCCUAUCAAAAAUGGUAUUACGACUCGGAAACGCAAACCAUGCGCCGAGUACUGUUCCCUGACAGCACGAAUGUUUCCCGUGCUAGCAUCGUCCCAAGCAAGCUGGGCUGAUUGCGGCUUCAUGAAUAACCCAUCCCGAUGGUUAGCGCCCUGACGGUUCCGGGCCUCUUUACAGGGUUUCUCACCAUCCAACCAUGAUGGAUUCUGUUCUGCAGCUGGCUCCUGCAGAAUAUUGGUUGGCAGGCUAAGAAAGGCAGUUUCUAUUCUUGAAUUGUUGAAAGCGAGCGUACAAGCGAUUCAUUAUUUCCACUUUUGUUAUACCUAUGAACUUGCUUGAUGGCUCGACUGUUACGACUAUUUGUUUUACACAGCGAUGGUGUUUUGGUUAUAAAAAAAAGUUAGAUAGACCUACUUGUUUCCUUAUUGUUAUGCGACAUGUGGUUACAUGUCAUCACGAUAGAUAUUGGCCGUGAUGAUUCUUUCGGUUAGAACGUGGUUCAAGGACAACAGACUUGGACAGGAGUUUAAUAGUGGUUUGAUAGACAUUGAUACAAUAUGACAGUGGAGUACAAUACUUCUCAAUCAAUAUUCAUUCUCUGUGUGUA